CCCAACUCGUCGGCGUGCACGAGCCCGAGGUGGCCACAGCUGUGCUUUGCGCGGUCCAAAGUGAAGACUACGCUGAAUAACAAUAAAGAGAAGAACAACAUUCAGGAUAAAAAGCCAUAUUUUCCCCGCAAAAACUUCCCUCUGUGAAGCUUCCCUUUCUGCUGGCGGCGCCCCUUUGCUCUUGAGGCUGUGGUAUGAGCCUAUGUGGCAGGAAGGCGCUGACGUUGCUGAGCAGCGUGUUCGCUGUUUGCGGCCUGGGCCUGCUGGGCAUCGCCGUAAGCACCGACUACUGGCUUUACCUGGAGGAAGGCGUCAUCCUUCCUGUCAACCAGAGCACCGAGAUACGCAUGUCGCUCCACUCUGGCCUCUGGAGGGUUUGUUUCCUGGCAGGGGAGGAGAAAGGUCGCUGUUUUACCAUUGAAUAUGUGAUGCCUACUAAAGUCCAGAUGACUUCGGAGUCCACAGUUAGUGUCCUAAAAAUGAUCCGUUCAGCCACACCUUUUCCACUGGUCAGCCUCUUCUUCAUGUUCAUUGGUUUUGUCCUCAGCAACAUUGGUCACAUUCGACCACAUCGCACCAUCCUGGCCUUUGUUUCGGGAAUUUUUUUCAUUCUAUCAGGUCUGUCUCUAGUUGUUGGUCUAGUAUUAUACAUUUCAAACAUCAAUGAUGAAAUGUUGAAUAGAACCAAAAGUAACGAGGCCUACUUCAGCUACAAGUACGGAUGGUCGUUUGCUUUUGCAGCCAUCUCCUUCCUUCUAACCGAGGCGGCUGGUGUGAUGUCCGUGUACCUGUUCAUGAAGCGCUACACGGCCGAGGAGAUGUACCGGCCCCACCAGGGCUUCUACCGGCCUCGCCUCAGCAACUGCUCAGACUACUCGGGCCAGUUCCUCCACCCUGAUGCGUGGGCCGGGCGCGGUCGCAGCCCCUCAUCCAUCUCUUCCGAGGCUUCCCUCCAGAUGAAUUCCUCCAACUACCCCGCUCUCCUCAAGUGUCCCGAGUACGAACAGAUGUCCUCCUCACCAUGCUGAAGCAAAGAACGCCCUGAGGAACCCAUCUUGAUGCCAAAGGAAGAACCCGUGACACAGCGCUCAGUUUCUCUCGUUAUGACUCUUCGUAGUUUAUAUUAAGAGCUGAGUAACGUGUUGGUUAUGAAUAAAUUCUCACUGGUAAAAUUACCAAAACAAAGAGCCAGUAUUACUAAUAUUUAUAUAGUGUAAUCUAUCUACUGAAGGUCGGGUCAUUGGAGAGUGUGCACCAUAAUUUUGCAACAUUUGAAUGUAAGAUGUGUUGAGGAAAAACUGUUAAAUUGAAUUAUACAGCUUAAUUUCAACCCAAUUUGUAGAUUUAUUUUUGUAGUUAAUGCCCUUUUAACACAAUAAUCCUGUUGAGAUUAAUCAAAAAAAGGAAUUCUACCAAGGAAAAUGGACGCAGAGUACUACUGAAAGGAAACAUUUCAUACAGCAUAUUUAAUGUUUAAAACUAUUACUGAGAAACACGUUGUCUUGUGCAAUUAUUUUACCUUGGGUCACUAAAAUGAUAAUUGUUCAUAUUUAAUGUUGCAUGGCGUGAACUCAUGUAUUUUUAUUGAAAUGUAAACUUGUUUAUUCAGUGGUUGUAUAACAUGAUACAUAAACUGAAUAAACACAACUUUGUAUAUACAGUAGAUAUAUUCCAAAUAUAUGUGUAUAUAAAUAUGAACUCAUUGAUGUAUAUAGACUCAGUUUUGUAUAGAGAAGAGUUUAAAUAAACAUUUAUGGAUGUUCUGUUAUUGAAUAGAAUAUUCGGCGAUAUCUAGAACUGCUGCUUUACCUCUGCCUCACAGUCAGAAUUUUGCAUAAUAAUAUUUAAAUGUAAAAAUGGUUGUGACAUUGCAAAUGUGAAUAUUUAUUGUGUAUUUUUGCAGUUCCAGUUUCCUGAUGUUAACUGUGAGUGUAUACUCAGUGAAAUAA